GGAUUGCAGAGCAAUGACGACUCACUGAUAGUCGGGCACUGUAGACGUAAGGUAACUGGAUUAACUGGAUUAACUUAAGAACUGCGUUUACCAGGAAAUGAGAAGACACCAAACACAGUUCUCGUGAAAGAACGAUGACGAUGCUACACUGGACAAGUAUAAGGUCUUGGAUCCGAGGGGCGUGUACUUUCACACUGAAAGGGUGCAAGAUUCCAUGUUGCUUCUACGGAUUAGUGCUCACAUGUACGAUCAUGGUGGGACUUUUCGCCCUUUCAAGGGAGCUGAUGACGUCGAAAUCUGAGACAAAGAAGAUAGUUCUUAUUGCGCGUGCACUUAACUACUCAUCGAGGUCACAUCCCCGAGACAAUGUCCUUGAGAACCCAAAGAUAAUUUUGUUGUAUGCCAAGACAAGGUAUCAACCGGUCAUGGACGAGUUAUCUACGCUUCGUGGUUGCCCGGAAGUGAACUGUCGCAUGACUACAAAUCAGUCGUAUUUACAAAGAAGCAGUGCCGUGAUGUUUGCUGCGCUUUUCCUGAAGUUGAAAACUCCACCACAGCGGUACAAAGACCAAGUUUGGAUUCUACAUAACCACGAAUCACCACGGACGAGUUGGGUUGGAAAAAGAAGUAUUUGGCUACAGAGUUGGAAGAAUGUGUUCAACUGGACAAUUGAUUACAGAAACGAUAGUGAUAUCCCUGCUCCUUAUGGUGUUUUACAAGCUAGAAAUCACACCAUAGAUAAAGAUUAUUCUGCGAUUUUUAAACGAAAAAAGGGCACAAUUGCAUGGAUGGUAAGUAAUUGUAAAACAGAAAGCAAAAGAAUGGACUAUGUUAAGGAGUUGAAGAAGUACGUCCAAGUCGACGUAUAUGGUGCUUGUGGAAACCAUAAAUGUCCAAGGAGUGAUGGCCCGGCAUGUUUCGAGAUGUUAAGCGCAAAGUAUAAAUUUUAUCUGUCUUUUGAAAAUGCAUUUUGUAAAGAUUAUGUAACAGAAAAAUUCUUUCUAUAUUACGGACUCAACUUCAUUUUGAUAACUCGUGGGGGUGCUGAUUAUACUAAACAUGCUGAAAACAAUACUUACAUAAAUGCAAUGGAUUUUAAAUCUGCUGAACAAUUAGCCGUUUUUAUCAAACAACUUGCCAACAAUGAAACCAAAUACACGGCAUAUUUGAAGAGAAAGGAUAAAUACAAACCUGUAUAUGAAGAAUACAUACGUAAGAAAGAUGAUGUCAUUGUUUGGCGGUCGCAUAGACUAGAGGCUCAGGCGAUGUGUGAAGCGUGCAAAAGACUGUGGGAUGUUGACAAAUACAGGAAACAAUAUGAUGACAUAACAGCAUGGUUUGACAAAGGCAUUUGCUACGCAACACCGAUAAUGUGACUCAUUAAAAACUGAGAAGUAUAUGUACCUUGAUAAGUUUAGAUUGUCAGGAAAUCUUGAUUUUUUGCAUAGUUUUAGAGGGACAAGAAAUGAGUAUAGAGAGGUUUGUCGUUCUAAAUCAUCCGUCUAUGUAAAUACACUUGCUGUAGAUAUUGUCAACUCUAGUAAGCAAAAUCCCAAAGCCUUUUGGUCUUAUGUAAAGUCCAUUCUUAGAAAUCCCAGUAAUAAACGCCAAGGCGAUAUAAGCAGUAAAGCAUGGAUUGAAUACUUUACUCGGGUGCUCAAUAUUCAAGAAAAUGUUACAGAUACAGAAUUCAUGUCUUUUCUCAGUAGUUAUAUUGAUGAUAUAGAUAAUUUGGAGAUUGAUGAGGGUAUAAAUGACAUGAUAAACCAGCCCUUAACUGAAGAGGAGAUCGUCUUUGCUAUUUCAUCUUUAAAAAAUAAUAAAGCACCUGGCCCUGACGGCAUUCCCCCUGAGGUCUAUGUGGUGCGAGUGCGAGUAUUUUGUUACCUUACCUUAAGAUUUUGUUCAAUUUCAUAUUUACGAAAGGGACAUAUCCUCCAAAGUGGUCAAAGAGUAUUAUAUUCCCUUUACAUUAGAAAGGAAGUACAAGGGAUGUUAAUAAUUAGAGAGGCAUUUCUUUGAUGGACAUAUGUGGGAAAAUAUUUACUUUUAUUCUUAACAAAAGACACAACGAUCUUGUAUGUUUUUAUGACAAAUUACCAGAGUGUCAGGCGGGUUUUCGCGAAGGAUAUUCUACAGUUGAUAAUGGUUUUUUCUCUACAGUGCCUUAUCCAAAAAUACUUGUCUAAAUCAAAAGGUAGAUUUUAUUGUAUAUAUGUUGAUUUUCAAAAGGCUUUUGAAUCGGUGAAUAGAGAUUCGCUAUGGUAUGUUAUAUCUACAAAUUGUAUCAAUGGAAAGAUGUUGAAUAUGAUACGUGAUAUUUAUGCAACAACAAUUUCUUGUGUGAAACUUGAUAACUUUUCUUUAUCAGAUUAUUUCGAAUGUCUUAGUGGAGUUAGACAAGGUUGCGUUUUGAGUCCUCUUUUAUUUUCUAUGUUUAUCAAUCAAUUGGAAGACUCAUUACAGACGUAUGGUGGAAGAGGUAUAUUUGUCGGAGAAGAUUUCAAUGAUCUGUUUUUAUUGUUGUAUGCUGAUGAUCUAUGUAUAUUUGAUGACUCAGUUAUUGGUUUGCAAAGAAAAAUUAAUGUUUUAUCUUCUUUUUGUAAAAAAUGGGGUAUGAAAGUUAACUUUGAUAAAACUGAAAUAUUAGUUUUCCGAAAUGGUGGAAAACUUAAAAAUGUUGAAAAAUGGUUUCAUGAUGAUGUACAUAAAAAGAUAGGAACAUAUAGUUAUUUAGGUGCUGUAUUUUCAAACCGAUUAUCAUGGUCAAAAUGUUUGCAAACUUUAGUCCAGAAACAUUAAACUUAAAUCCCUUCCUUUACCAAUAUUGUUUCAAAUGUUUGAUACACAAAUAUAACCAAUAUUAUUUUACUGUUCAGAAAUCUGGGGAACCCACAAUUGGAAUGUUUUAGAAGCCAUACAAACUAAAUUUUGUAAAUAUUUACUUGGUGUCGGGAAAUCUUGUACUAAUGUUGCUUUUUUUGGGUGAAUGUGGACGCUAUAAAUUGUAUUGUGAGACUUAUGUACAUUGUUUGAAAUAUUGGUGUAAACUAACCACUAUGUCAAAUGAAAGUUACAUGGGCUACUAACAUUAAGAAUAUUUUGUAUUUAUAUGGUUUGGUUUUGUAUGGGAAAAUCAAUCUGUUGGUCACACUGAUUUAUUUAUAUGUGAGUUUUCACAAAGAGUUAAAGAUUGUUAUAUACAAACAUGGCAUUCCCAAGUUAAUGAUUAUAAACAUCUAGAAUGUUAUUCCUUCACUCAAAACAGCAUUUGUUAUUGAACCGUAUAUUUUAAAAAUCACUUGUAAAGAACCAAGAAGAAUGUUAUCACUAUUAAGAAUUGGAGAAUUAAAUAUCAUGGUGAAUAUUGGAAGAAAAAGUAAUAUUGAUUUUAAUUUCGAUUUUGUCCAUUUUGUAAGAACAUCAUUGAAACUCAAUUACAUUUUAUGCUAUCAUGCCCAUUAUAUGAUGAUAUCAGACAGAAACACAUUCCAAAUAUAUAUUGUAAAUCUCAGUUAUUUAAGCAUAUAGGCUCAGGCAAUCUCACUGAUUUACUUCAAUGCUGUAAAUGUAUUAUAGAGGCUAUUGUAUUACGUUCAUCCCUUUUGUAAUACUUGUUUAAUGUUGCACCAAUAUGUAUAUCCUAUAUGUCAAUAUGUAUUUGUACAUGGGCCUGUGGCCUUUAUACUGAAUAAAGAAAUUGAUAUUGACCGCUAACAGUUUAAUAUUUGGAACUUCUAAUCAAAAAUUGCAAAUUGAUACUAAAAACCUAUGUAAGUAUCGUAGGCAGUUUGGCAGAGUAUAGGUUUUAACAGGGAAUAUGUAUAUGUCUUAUAUAUUCCCUGAGUUAAAUUAGUUAAAUAUAUAUAUAGAUAAAUAUUCACAUCGUUGCCCAAAUCAAAUUAUAACAGCAGCUGGACUAUUAUUACUAUGGCAAACAGCACGGAGUCAUGUGCAGGUCAGUGGCUCCUAAUUAGUGCCAGAGAAUGGCCGGUUGGCCACUGAAGCUUAACAUUGUGGAUGAGGUGCGGAAUACUGCAGGCUGACCAUGUAUGUAACGUAACACGAUACAUGGCAGUCUGACAGUGAGGGUUAAAGGUAGUACGCUUUCUGUUAGUCGGGACUUGACCCUCGGACAGCGGCUAGGCAGGUUGGCUCUCUGACGCCUCUGAUAUGCUGCCUGGCCAUGUCUGUCCCAUCACCACAAACGUGAUUAUGCACAUGCUGUAACUGAUAUACCACAAAUAAAGUGUUGUGGACCCACUGAUGGACUCCUGUGUUUGAAGGACAGAUAUCCAAACAUAACAGCCCGGGAUACAUGGUGGAAUCCAAGAUCUCGGAACCUCUCUGCAACAACGUUCGUGAGCGAAAUCUCCCCACAAGUCCGGUGAUAUCCAUCCAUCCUGGGUCCACAUCACAACUCACGUCAAAACAGCAACUAACAUUGUGAAUUCGGAGAACAGUUGACCACACUGCCUUUCAACUGUGCCACGGAAUCCACAAUUUGGACGCUUUGCAGCUUUGUGAAAAGGUUUCCGUCACAUCUUACAAUAGUGACGUGUUUUUACGGCAAGUGGACCCCUGUUAAUUACUUUCUGCCACCACUUAACGCUUUCUUUGUACAUGUAUACAAUUUUCUGUCCCUGUUCCUUUUUCUCUCAGCUGUAGCAUACACCUGUGUGUAUAUGUCCCGUCAACUUAGUAGCCUGUGCCCCUUCCCGACGUUUAGUAAUAUGCACUAAAAUAUAUCAAUUUGAUUAGGGCGUUGUUUCACUGCUAUUUGAUGUAUGAAUGACAUUGUGUGUUUCAAGUACGCCUGAGAUCGGCUCGUAAUGUUUUGUUAGUCAUGAGCAGUAGUGUAAGAGAAAUAUUAUGCGCCUGAAAUUGAAAAUGAUGCUUAUGAUAAAUGUAAUGAUGUUUAUGAUAUAUAUUUAUGAUGUGUAUGAGGAUGCUCGUAAACCUGAUAUGAUGUAUUAAUAGGUUGUAUAGUUGACUUGAAUGGUGUGAUGUGAUGAGAGUAGAUGAGAGACAGGUAGAAAGGGGAGAGUUAAAAGUACGUACGCGAGAGAGAGAAAGAGAGAGUGAGUGAGAGAGAGAGAGAGCAUUUAUAGGUGUGACUGAUCAUUUACCGUUAGAAUGAUAAGCUAUUAGCGAGCAACUGUGUGAGACUUGAGCGUCGUGUAUAUUAUUAGUGACGGUGAAUUGGUACAUGGCACCUUACCAUGAUUCCUGUAAAGCUCUAUUUUUAAAAAAAUAUUUUCUACCUCACUGCUCAGUGGAAACGUAUUUGUGUAACAAUGUUAUUUAUACAUGGUGUACUUUAUUUUAUUGUGUUGAUCCAUGUACUUGACGUAAUCUGGUGUUAAUUAACACAUUGUAAUGUGCCGUCUGUUGUAGCAAAAAGAAAAUCGGGUUCCACAGCAUAUAUCUCAGUCUGCUUUCCUAUUUUGAAACUAUUGUUAUUAUUAUACUAACUUAUGGAUUAAUAAUAUACAGCUUACCGUGGAUGUUGUUCAAUUUUAAUAUGAAUUCAUCAUUUAAACUUUGUGAAUCAACCAUGGUUGAUACGAAUCCUUGUAUAAUUUGUCACAUCAGUACAAUCUGAAUGGUAUAGCUAUACCGUCUCUACCCUAUUAUAUUAAUUUAACAUGUUUCAUGCUUUAGUAUUUAACUUGUAUCAUGUAUAUUGUAAUUUAAUCCCUACCUCAUUCACAAUGCUUUAUAAGGACGUGGGACACGUCCUUCUUUACAGAAAGGGCGUAUAUCGUAGGCAGUUUGGCAGAGUAUAGGUUUUAACAGGGAAUAUGUAUAUGUCUUAUAUAUUCCCUGAGUUAAAUAAGUUAAAUAUAUAUAUAGAUAAAUAUUCACAUCGUUGCCCAAAUCAAAUUAUAACAGCAGCUGGACUAUUAUUACUAUGGCAAACAGCACGGAGUCAUGUGCAGGUCAGUGGCUCCUAAUUAGUGCCAGAGAAUGGCCGGUUGGCCACUGAAGCUUAACAUUGUGGAUGAGGUGCGGAAUACUGCAGGCUGACCAUGUAUGUAACGUAACACGAUACAUGGCAGUCUGACAGUGAGGGUUAAAGGUAGUACGCUUUCUGUUAGUCGGGACUUGACCCUCGGACAGCGGCUAGGCAGGUUGGCUCUCUGACGCCUCUGAUAUGCUGCCUGGCCAUGUCUGUCCCAUCACCACAAACGUGAUUAUGCACAUGCUGUAACUGAUAUACCACAAAUAAAGUGUUGUGGACCCAC